AUGGAGGGUGGUGCAGCUGCUGUUUCAACAGAGAAUGCAUCAGAAUCAGCUGCGGCAGCCUCAUACACCUAUUGGGUAAGGGAAUUGACCCAUGAUGCAGCUCCAAGACCCGUCCCCAAGAAGCUCGACGUGGAGGAUUUGCCCAAUCAAUCCAAACCGACCCACCUAGGCUCCGCAUGGAAUCGGGCUGGAACAUGGGAAGAGAAGAGUUUGAAUAAUUGGGCAAGCAAUAGAAUUAAGGAAUUGCUCGUGUCUGUGGGGACCCUGGAGUUCUCUGGUGGCAGAGCAGAAAUAUCAGAAGUAACUAGAUGCUCCGGUGAUGCAUUCUUGGUGACAGUACGAAACAAAAAACGUGUUGGUUACAAUUAUGAAUUGACAUUGAGAGUAAAGGGAGAAUGGACUGUUGGAUCAGAGAGGAGGAAGGUCAAAGGCCAUGUAGAUAUUCCAGAGUUCUCACUUGGUGAACUGGAUGACUUGCAGAUUCAAGUAAAACUCAGUGAAGACAAAGAUCUUUCGCAACAAGAUAAGCGGAGGAUCAUUGAGGAUUUGAAAUUAUUUUUGCAGCCUCUGCGGGAGAAAUUACAUCAAUUUGAGCAGGAACUCAAAGACCGGUAG